GCGGAGCGCGGCCCCCGCGCACGGCCCCGCUCUCUCGGGCGCCGAGACUGAGCGGCGGGGAGGGGCUCCGGGCCUCGGGCCCCGGCCGCGAGGAAGAUGGCGGACCCGGCCGAAUGCAACAUCAAGGUGAUGUGCCGCUUCAGGCCCCUCAACGAGGCCGAGAUGGCCCGGGGCGACAAGUACGUCGCCAAGUUCCAGGGCGAGGACACGGUCAUCGUGGCGUCCAAGCCUUAUGCAUUUGAUCGUGUAUUCCAGUCAAGCACAACACAGGAGCAGGUAUAUAAUGACUGUGCAAAGAAGAUAGUGAAAGAUGUACUUGAAGGAUAUAAUGGUACAAUAUUUGCAUAUGGACAGACAUCCUCUGGGAAGACGCAUACAAUGGAGGGUAAACUCCAUGAUCCAGAUGGAAUGGGUAUUAUUCCAAGAAUAGUACAGGAUAUUUUUAAUUAUAUUUACUCUAUGGAUGAAAAUUUGGAGUUCCACAUUAAGGUAUCAUAUUUUGAAAUAUAUUUGGAUAAGAUAAGGGACCUUUUGGAUGUUUCAAAGACCAAUCUUUCUGUUCACGAGGACAAAAACAGAGUUCCCUAUGUAAAGGGUUGCACAGAGCGUUUUGUAUGUAGUCCUGAUGAGGUUAUGGAUACUAUAGACGAAGGAAAAUCUAACAGACAUGUAGCAGUUACGAAUAUGAAUGAACAUAGCUCUAGAAGUCACAGUAUCUUUCUUAUUAAUGUAAAACAAGAAAACACUCAAACAGAACAGAAACUGAGUGGGAAACUUUAUCUGGUAGAUUUGGCUGGUAGUGAGAAGGUUAGUAAAACUGGAGCUGAAGGUGCUGUGCUGGACGAAGCUAAAAACAUCAACAAGUCUCUGUCUGCUCUUGGAAAUGUCAUUUCUGCUUUGGCUGAGAGUAGUACAUAUGUUCCCUAUCGAGAUAGUAAAAUGACAAGAAUCCUUCAAGAUUCACUAGGUGGCAACUGCAGAACCACUAUUGUCAUUUGUUGCUCUCCAUCAUCAUAUAACGAGUCGGAAACAAAAUCUACUCUCCUGUUUGGCCAAAGAGCCAAGACAAUAAAGAACACAGUUUGUGUUAAUGUGGAGCUAACUGCAGAACAGUGGAAGAAAAAAUAUGAAAAAGAAAAAGAGAAAAACAAGACAUUACGUAACACCAUUCAGUGGCUAGAAAAUGAACUCAAUCGAUGGCGAAAUGGGGAGACUGUACCAGUUGAUGAACGGUUUGACAAAGAGAAAGCCAACUUAGAAGCCUUUGCAGUAGAUAAAGAUAUUACUAUCAUCAAUGAUAAGCCAGCAGCCACAAUUGGAGUUACAGGAAACUUCACUGAUGCUGAAAGAAGAAAGUGUGAAGAAGAAAUUGCUAAAUUGUACAAACAACUUGAUGAUAAGGAUGAAGAAAUUAAUCAGCAGAGCCAGUUGGUAGAGAAAUUGAAGACACAAAUGUUGGAUCAAGAAGAGCUUCUAGCAUCUACCAGAAGGGACCAAGAUAAUAUGCAGGCUGAACUGAAUCGCCUGCAGGCAGAAAAUGAUGCCUCCAAGGAAGAAGUGAAAGAAGUGCUGCAGGCUCUGGAGGAACUUGCAGUCAACUAUGAUCAGAAGUCUCAGGAAGUUGAAGACAAAGCCAAGGAGUAUGAGCUACUUAGCGAUGAAUUGAAUCAGAAAUCGGCAACUCUAGCAAGUAUAGAUGCUGAGCUUCAGAAACUCAAGGAAAUGACAAAUCACCAGAAAAAACGAGCAACGGAGAUGAUGGCCUCUUUAUUGAAAGACCUUGCAGAAAUUGGAAUUGCUGUGGGAAAUAAUGAUGUCAAGCAGCCUGAAGGAACUGGCAUGAUAGAUGAAGAAUUCACCGUUGCAAGACUGUACAUUAGUAAAAUGAAGUCAGAAGUGAAAACAAUGGUAAAACGCUGCAAACAGUUAGAAAGCACCCAAGCUGAGAGCAACAAAAAAAUGGAAGAAAAUGAAAAAGAAUUAGCAGCAUGUCAGCUUCGUAUAUCACAGCAUGAAGCAAAAAUCAAGUCAUUGACUGAAUACCUUCAGAACGUUGAGCAAAAGAAAAGGCAGUUGGAAGAAUCUGUGGACUCCCUUAAUGAAGAACUAGUCCAGCUUCGAGCACAAGAAAAAGUCCACGAAAUGGAAAAAGAGCAUCUAAAUAAGGUUCAGACUGCAAAUGAAGUUAAGCAAGCUGUUGAACAACAGAUACAAAGCCAUAGAGAAACUCAUCAAAAACAAAUUAGUAGUCUGAGAGAUGAAGUUGAUGCGAAAGAAAAGCUUAUUACUGAUCUUCAAGAUCAGAAUCAGAAAAUGAUGCUAGAGCAGGAACGCCUGAGAGUUGAACAUGAGAAGUUGAAAGCUACAGACCAAGAAAAAAGCAGGAAACUACAUGAACUUACUGUCAUGCAAGACAGGCGAGAACAAGCAAGGCAAGACCUGAAGGGUUUAGAAGAGACAGUGGCAAAAGAACUUCAGACUUUACACAACCUUCGGAAGCUCUUUGUUCAAGACCUAGCCACAAGAGUUAAAAAGAGUGCAGAGAUUGAUUCUGAUGACACUGGAGGUAGUGCUGCCCAAAAGCAGAAGAUCUCCUUUCUUGAGAAUAAUCUUGAGCAGCUCACUAAAGUGCACAAACAGUUGGUACGUGAUAAUGCAGAUCUUCGCUGUGAGCUUCCAAAAUUGGAAAAACGACUUAGAGCUACAGCUGAGAGAGUUAAAGCUUUGGAGUCGGCUCUGAAAGAAGCCAAAGAAAAUGCCUCUCGGGAUCGUAAACGGUAUCAGCAAGAAGUCGAUCGGAUUAAGGAAGCUGUCAGGUCAAAGAACAUGGCCAGGAGGGGACAUUCUGCACAGAUUGCUAAGCCCAUUCGUCCUGGACAGCAUCCGGCUGCUUCUCCAACUCAUCCAAGUGCAAUUCGUGGGGGAGGCGCGUUUACUCAGAAUAGCCAACCUGUGGCAGUUCGUGGUGGUGGAGGCAGACAAGACAAAGUCUGUUGAAGAUGAUGUGUUACCAAGCAGAGAGAGCCUCAUUCCAUGACUAUAAUCUCUCCCCUGCAGGGAUUAUAGAAUUAUAACUUUUUUAAAUGUAGAAAUUAUACCUGGCCUGUACAGCUAUUUCCCACCCAACUCAUCUUGCAAAUUCUGCUGAUCCUCAACAAAACUAGAGUGCAAUUUUGGCGUCUUGGAAAAUUGACAUGUAAUUUCAGAGCGUAGCCCUGUUCAUGACACGAUUUGUCUUUCAUGUCUUAAAUUUAGUCUGCACUGUGCCAAGUUGAAUGUACUCUACAGGUUUAAAGAAGGUUUUAGUUAACACCUUCCUUCUUUUGUGUGUGUUUUCUUGUUUUAGGGAACAUGGAACAAGGUUGGAGUUUAGAUGUGAUAUUGUUUUACCACUUGUAGCACUCACUGUGUGUCCCACGGUGUGUAUCAGGGCAGCGCUUAAAGACUCCUGGAAAUGACAUCAGGGCUAACAUUUCUUUGUAUGAUUUCUGAAGUGUGCUUCUGAACAUCAUUUGGACACUGAAAUCUUGAAACUGCAUAACUAGACAUUUCAGUUUCAACCAGGCUGCUUAACUGUUAAUCUGAUGAAAUGCCUGUUGCCAGGUUAUUUUUAGUUAAAUACUAUAUAUUAACAAGUAAACCUAAGUUUACACAAGAGAGUUGGUUUGGCAAAGGAACAUUUUAUGUAUUGUUCCUGAUUCUAUACACAAUAUAGUUUGAUGAGGUGAAAAUAUCCUGCUUCAUUCCGGUUAGCCUACUGUCUAGCACAAAAAUCUGACAGUUAAUUUAUCAUCUCUAACAUAGGAAAAGGAACUAGAAGGGUCUAGAACUAAAUUUAAUUUCUUAUUCUCACAUUAUCAGUACUACAUCAAUGAUCUAAAUUUAGCCUUUGGAAAUUGAGGAAACGUGAAGUAGCUUAAACAGCUAGAUAAUUAAGUAAAACACACUGAUGCACAUAAAAUAGGAAUUAGUUCAUUUUGGUCACCCAUCCUUGAGGUAUGUUUUAAGAUUGUUCUACACUGAGUUGUACACUAUAAUUUAUUUCUGGUUUAGUCUAGAAAUAUUGGGAUGUUUACUCCAAACCUUUUAUAUUAAAUGAAUCUUUUCUUUUUUGCCUUGUUUGCAAGAGUCACUAGUAUAUUCAUGAAAUAAAAUGGUUUCCUUUGUUGGCUUUAGUCCGUGAUUUUGUAAUUAGAUCUAGAGUUUUUACCUAUUGCUCCCAAUUCUUCCUCAGAGGAUUGAAAUGAAUCAACAAUUUCAUUUAAAAGUAAUAUCAGUGAUAUGGAAAGAGAUCUCAAACCUUUGCUUCUUCUAGGGCUUUUAGCAGGAUUUAGGGAAAAGUUAGGGUUUGGGAGCUAUUCAUCAGAUAAUAUAGGAACCCUGAAGUUCUUUAUUAGGAUGUUGGUGGCAAAAUAACUUUUUAGCAAAGUUUUAUAUACAAAUAUUUGUAUUAUGAAAUUUGGAGCCAUUGUCAGAAGUUUUCAGACCCUAAUUGGCUUAUUUUUCUAUUUCCUUAACUACUGUAAUUUCCAGUUUUUGUAAAAAUCUUGAUUUAAAGGGUGAAUUUAUUUAUUUAUUUUUUUUAUUAACAGCCAGAAGUCCUUGCUGUUGCGGUCUGUAGCCCUAAAGCCAUUAUGUUGCUUUUAGGACUGAUCAAAAAAGAAGCGCUCCAAAAUUCAAGAUGAAAUCUUUGUGUGUAGCAAGAUAGGCAAUUUUGCUAAAGAAGAAAAUCCUGCAACAUUUGUGAUGAAGACAAGAGUUUUCUAAAUGAAAACACCUUUGUCUUGCCUGCCUAAUGGGUGCAUAUCUUAGUUAGAUAUUUGUAUUUCACUUCUGACUGAAAACUGGUUUUCUCGGAAAUAUACAUCAAUGAAGCAGAUUUUUUUUUCUCUUUUGUCUGUCUAUGGUAGUUUCAUUCCUGUAAGUAAAGUAUCACGGGUCUCGGUGCUGAGCAUUGCUGUGUAACAGUGCAAUUGUAACUAGCAUGUAGCUCAAAAACAUACAUUACCUUUUUAUAUCUUAAUAAUUUUUUAAUUUCUAAUUUUAAACCUUUUGCAGAGUUUACCAGGAAUUACAUCUAAAUUUUUUAAAAGGAACUGCUCUUUGGUUCUGCUUCGGUAGGUCAAUGGAACAGAACAUUUAUUUACUCUUUGUAAAUGAACAUUUUCAGUCUCUACUAGGACCCUGACGCAAUGCUAUUUCAAUUUGCAGUAUCCCUUUUUUGGAGUGGAUUUUAUUUUUAUGUUCCUCUGAAUUGUCUUGUUAAAUGGUUUAGAAGAAAAACUCAGUGAAAUAAAAGAAUAAUAUUUAUUCAUGGUGA